AUGUUUGUUUCGUUCGUCCUUCCUUUCAAAACGUCCGUGUUUCGUUCCGCUCUAACCUGCAGAUCAUCCGUGACCAUAUCGAAGGGACACAAACGGACGGCUGGACGGCGAGCAAUCGCUACAGCGGCGGCAGAAGCGGGUGAUGCGGCGAUCGACGUGGAGGCCGAGAUUAAGAACGAGAAGGUGAGCGAACGAGAAGGUGAGCGAAUGAGAAGCAAUGCUGGGAGCGAUGUUGCAGGCAAUGCCAAGAGCGGUGGUGCGAGCAAUGCUGGGAGUGAUGGUGCAGGCAAUGCCAAGAGCGGUGGUGCGAGCAAUGCUGGGAGCGAUGGUGCAGGCAAUGCCAAGAGCGGUGGUGCGAGCAAUGCUGGGAGUGAUGGUGCAGGCAUUGCCAAGAGCGGUGGUGCGAGCAAUGCUGGGAGCGAUGGUGCAGGCAAUGCCAAGAGCGGUGGUGCGAGCAAUGCUGGGAGCGGUGGUGCAGGCAAUGCCAAGAGCGACGAGCAGAUGGAGCGGAUCAAUGGAGAUGCCACAGUGGUUGCGGUUGACGCAGCUAAAGACUGUGGUGUGCGCAAGUUUGUGUUUGUGUCGGUGCAUGAUUAUAACCUGCCCGAUUUCGCCAAGCGGAAUGGAUACUUCAAUGGGAAGAAAAGAGCUGAGACUGCGGUUUUUGACGCAUUCCCCAACACAGGAGUUGUGUUGCGUCCGGGAUUUAUCUACGAGAAAAGGCGAGUAACGGGGGGUGUGGAGGUUCCGCUUGAUGUGAUUGGCCAGCCACUGGAGAAGCUGCUGUCAGCCACUAAGGAGAUCACAAAGCUGUUUUCCCCUCUUCCGGCUUCCGACCUGCUUUUAGCGCCUCCAGUAGAUGUUGCUGAUCUCGCAGCUGUAGCGGUGCGAGCCGUCGUCGAUGACUCGGUUUCAGGGGUGUACAAUAUAGAGGACAUCAAGAGGCUGGCAGGUGACUUCAAUAGCCUGUUCUUCCUCCUGACGCAUCUGGGCGUUUCACAUCAGAACAGGUGUUAUUUGCUGUCGUACGUUGAGAAACCAAAUAUGGCCCGGAAAAAGAUCCGAGAGUACGACUCCAAGCGCCUCCUGAAGGAGCACCUGAAGCGCCUAGCCGGAAUCGAUCUGACGAUCAACUCUGUCCAGAUCACAUCGGAGACGGAUUUCGCGAAGCUCGCGAACGAGCAGCCAUGGAUGAACAGCACCCGCAUGGUGGUGAAGCCAGACAUGCUCUUCGGCAAGCGAGGCAAGAGCGGCCUGGUGGCUCUCGACCUGGACUUCGCAGGAGUAGAGGCAUUCGUUAAGAGCAAGCUCGGCAAGGAGGUGGAGAUGGGGCAGUCCAAGGGCCCCAUCACGACGUUCAUAGUGGAGCCGUUCAUCCCGCACAAGGAGGAGUACUACCUCUCCGUCACCUCCAAACGCCUCGGCUGCGACGUGAGCUUCUCCGAGUGCGGCGGCGUCAAUAUCGAGGAGAACUGGGACAAGGUGAAGACCAUCUUCGUGCCCACAGAGUCGGAACUCACAUCAGAGCUCUGUGCGCCGCUCAUUGCCACUCUGCCCCUCGAGGUGCGGGAGAGCAUGGAGAAGUUCAUCAAGGGCGUCUUUGCUGUCUUCAAAGACCUGGACUUCACACUGAUAGAGAUGAACCCCUUCAUUUUGGUCAACGGGGAGCCCUUUCCCCUCGACAUGCGUGGCGAGCUUGACGACACGGCACAGUUCAAACACUUCCAGAAGUGGGGCGACGUGGAGUUUCCUCUCCCCUUUGGCCGCACCAUGUCUCCUUCCGAGGAGAGGAUUCACGAGAUGGAUGAGAAGACGGGGGCCUCGCUCAAGCUCACCAUUCUGAACCCCAAGGGCCGCAUCUGGACCAUGGUGGCUGGAGGAGGAGCUUCCGUCAUCUAUGCCGACACUGUCGGGGACUUGGGCUACGCAGAGGAGCUGGGCAAUUAUGCAGAGUACAGUGGAGCGCCAAACGAGCAGGAGACACUGCAGUAUGCUCGUAUCUUAAUUGACUGCGCCACCGCCAAUCCCGAUGGCCGUCCACGCGCGCUGCUGAUUGGUGGAGGCAUCGCCAACUUCACAGACGUGGCCAAGACGUUUUCCGGCAUCAUUCGGGCGCUCCGAGAGAAGGAGCGGCAGAUCAAGGAUGCCAAGGUGCGCAUCUUUGUGCGCCGUGGAGGGCCCAACUACCUCAAGGGGCUGGAGAAGAUGCGCGAGCUCGGCACCGAGAUUGGCAUCCCCAUCCAGGUGUAUGGUCCUGAAGCCAGCAUGACCUGCAUUUGCAAGGAAGCAAUUGAUUAUGUGGCCUCUGCUGCUGCCUGA